CCGGCUGCCUGUGGGCUGAGGGUGGCGGCGCACACUGCUGCCCAAGAGGAGCUGCUGUUUGAAUUCUCUGUGAAUGUUGGGAGGAGGAAUGCCAGAGCUGCCGGCUGAAAAUUAUCUAACCAAGAGAAAUAUGUAGAGUGGGGACACUGAACCUCCUUUGUGGGAAUUCCAGCCCAGAAUCCUAUCUGCUGAGGCAAAAACCCCCAGGAUGGACUUUCUGGUUCUAUUCUUGUUCUACCUGGCUUUGGUGCUGAUUGGUGGUGUUGUGAUCUGCAUCUGCUCAAAAACCCAUCGCUUGAAAGGCCUGGUCAGGAGAGGAGCACAGAUAUUUUCCUAUAUAAUUCCAGAAUGUCUUCAGAGAGCCAUGCGGAGAUUGCUUCAUUACUUCUUCCAUUCAAGAAACCACACCUUCAUUAUCUUGCACCUGGUCUUGCAAGGGAUGGUUUAUGGUGAAUACACUUGGGAAAUAUUUGGCUACUGCCAAGAGCUGGAGUUCUCCUUGUAUUACCUUCUUCUUCCUUAUUUGCUGCUGAUUGUAAACCUGUUUUUCUUCACUUUAACUUGCAUAACCAAUCCUGCCAUUAUAACAAAAGCAAAUGAAUUAUUAUUUCUUCAAGUUUAUGAAUUUGAUGAAGUGAUGUUUCCAAAGAACAUGAAGUGCUCUACUUGUGAUUUAAGAAAACCAGCUCGAUCUAAGCACUGUAGUGUGUGUAACCGGUGUGUGCACCGUUUUGACCAUCACUGUGUUUGGGUGAACAACUGCAUCGGGGCCUGGAACAUCAGGUACUUUCUCAUCUACCUCUUGACGUUGACUGCGUCAGCUGUCACCCUGGCCAUUGUGUGCAUAGCGUUUCUGGUCCACUUGGUGGUGGUGUCGGAUCUGUACGAGGAGGCUUACAUUGAUGACCUCGGACACUUCCAGGUUAUGGACACAGUCUUUCUUGUUCAGUACCUGUUCCUGAGCUUUCCAAGGAUUGUCUUCAUGCUGGGGUUUGUUGUGGUCCUGAGCUUCCUCCUCUGUGGCUACCUGUGCUUUGCUCUAUACCUGGCUGCCACCAACCAGACGACUAAUGAGUGGUACAGGGGUAACUGGACCCGGUGCCAGCAUUGCCCCCUUGUGGCCAGGGUACCAUCAGCCACGCCCCAAGCUUACCAGAACAUUCACUCCCAUGGCCUUUGGAACAACCUUCGAGAGAUCUUUCUACCUGCCUUUCUACAUUAUGAGAGAAAGAAGAAAUAAGAAUGGAAAGAGUGUUACUGCCUUUUAAAUAUACUAUACAUUUAUUUAUACAUCUGGAUACUUAUUUUCUAAGCA